AUGGCGUCCCACCUUGCCGUCGUCCUCAUCCUGCUCCUACCACUCGCCGGCGCGUCCGCCGACGACGGCGGAUUCAUCCGGCAGGUGACGGAUGGUCGUUCCCGCGCCGGCGCGGGCCCGGGGCUGCUCCCGGAGGCGCAGUUCGCGGCGUUCGCGCUGGACCCGACCGCGCGCCACGGGGUCACGCCCUUCUCCGACCUCACGCGGGAGGAGUUUGAGGCGCGCCUCACGGGCGUGCGCGCCAGCGGGGACGUCCAGCGGAUCGUGAUGAGUGGUGCGUCAGCCUCGCAGGAUGAGGUGGCGCGGCUGCCCGCCAGCUUCGACUGGCGCGACAAGGGCGCCGUCACCGGCGUCAAGAUGCAGGGCGCGUGUGGGUCGUGCUGGGCGUUCACCACGACAGGCGCGGUGGAAGGCGCCAACUUCCUCGCCACAGGGAAGCUCCUCGACCUCAGCGAGCAGCAGCUGGUCGACUGCGACCACACCUGCAGCGCGGUGGCGCAGAACGAGUGCAACAACGGCUGCGCCGGCGAGCUGAUGACCAACGCGUACGCGUACCUGAUGAAGUCCGGCGGGCUGAUGGAGCAGCGCGCGUACCCGUACACGGGCGUGCCGGGCCCCUGCAGCUUCGACCCGGCCCAGGCCGCCGUCCGCGUGGCCAACUUCACCGCCGUGCCGACCGGCGACGAGGCCCAGAUCCGCGCGGCGCUGGUCCGGCGCGGGCCCCUCGCGGUGGGGCUCAACGCGGCGUUCAUGCAGACGUACGUGGGCGGGGUGUCGUGCCCGCUCCUCUGCCCGCGCGCGUGGGUCAACCACGGCGUGCUCCUUGUCGGCUACGGCGCGCGCGGCUUCGCGGCGCUGCGGCUCGGCUACCGCCCCUACUGGAUCAUCAAGAACUCGUGGGGGAAGCAGUGGGGGGAGCAAGGGUACUACCGCCUCUGCCGCGGCAGCAACGUCUGCGGCGUCGACAGCAUGGUCUCCGCCGUCGCCGUGGCGCCGGCGCCGUGA